AUGCAUGAAGGGGCGGCAAAGAAAUUCGUAAUCCCUUCACGUGAUGAUGACUUAUUGGAAGAGAAUGAUGAUUUCUAUACGAUCGCCAUACGACCAGAGCUGGAUGAAAUCAUUUCAAAAGUUUUCCGUUGUUGUUAUGAAUGUGCCGAAAAUUCCUCGGUUCCCUUGGUUAAUUUGUUUUUGCCGCAUUCGUCCCCAAUAGAAGAACGCGAUCACAUUGAUGAUGCGUACAAUGUAGUGUCAAGUAAAGAUCGAAAUUUCGGCAUUGUUUGUUACCGGGCAGCCCAUCCGUUCAUUGAUUUUAAUGCAUUCUCUGAAGGCGAGCCAUGGCGUCUUCGUGCUCAGCUUGUCUCAGUUCUGAAUUCAGGUUUGAAGCAGACGUUGGAUAGUGUUGAGGAGCUGUUGCCGAUGCUCACCAGUGAGGCCGAAGCGGAGAUAGCGCAAGAUUUGAAUACAGAACGAGAAAUGCAUGUCCGGGCGCUGCUCAUGUACAUCUAUUUGCUCUGUCGGCUUGCCGUUCUUUUUGAAAAAGAAUGCGCUAAUCGGUAA